GAUUCUGAGACAGCAAGUGGAUCUCCCACAGCCUCCACCCACAGGUACCAUGAAGGUCUCCGCAGCUCCCUUUGCAGUCCUCCUCGCUGCUGCCGCCUUCUGUGCUCCUGCCUCUGCCUCUCCAUAUGCCUCGGACACCACCCCCUGCUGCUUUGCCUACCUCUCCCACCCACUUCCCCUCAGGCACCUCCAGGAGUAUUUCUACACCAGCAGCAAGUGCUCCAUGCCAGCAGUCGUCUUUGUCACCCGAAGGAAGCGCCAGGUGUGUGCCAACCCACAGAAGAAAUGGGUGCGGGACCACAUCAACUCUCUGGAGAUGAACUAGGAUGGAGGGCGCCUCGAACCUGAACUUGUGCAGUUUCCUGCUGCUUCUUCCUCAUGUCCUAACCAGCAUGGGAGACUCCCCACCAAUGCCCUACUCCCACUCCCUCCUGGGAGGGUGAAGAUUCUACCACCAAUCAGCAGUUAUAAAAGCCUCCUCCAUCUAAAGCUUCCAAGAGCUCCUAAGGCUCUGCCUUAUAUACAGAAAGUCUCUUGGCUCUGAGCUUCAGGCCCCUCAGCUUGGCUGCAGCUCUGCCAUCAGAAAGGAAGUUAGCACGUCUCUGGAGGUGAAGAUGGGAGGAAGACUGGGCUUCCUGUGGCCAAAGCUAGCUCCCCUUUCAGUCCUUCACUGUGAAGGGCUGACUGGCAAAUGUGAGAAAUCAGCUUUCCAUUAAAAUUCUCAGUGCAGUUACCAA